AUGGCGUUAGACAUGCACCCAGACUACGCCGCUGACGAGGCCGUCCCUCUGUUCUGCUCGGCGGACGCUGUCCAUUUUGGCCUUUCGCCAGCGCAAUUCUCCGCACUGAGAUCGCGCUCCGAAGGCUUCCGGCACCUGUUGCAGGACGCGAGCCCACCGUCAUCAGCGACGGCCGAAGCAUUCUCUUGUAUUACCACGGCGCCGGCACCGUCGUCGUCUGCGGUGCUGCUCUCGGAACCUUCGGCUGUUCUAUCAGAUCUAUUCUCGUUCGUCACAGAUCAUGACGCCCUUCCUGACCUCACGGACGCGCCGCUGGCGAGGCUAGCGCAUCUGUUGGAGGCCGCAGACAAGUAUAUCUUCCGAGUCGAGGCUCACCUUCUUCGAGCGCUCCUGAGAGCUCGCUUGCGACAAUGCGACGACGUCGAAGACGCCCGUCAAGUGUAUGUCGUUGCCGCACGCAUGGAUGACCUGCCGAUAUGUAAAGAAGCAAGCCGCAUCGCGGUCUUAACUCCUGGAACGUCGGCAGUCCGCGGUCCUUGGACUAUGGACACACCGCCAAGCUUCUGGCCCCUUGAAUCGCACGACCUCUCCGAACGGCGUGACCGCAAGCUCGCGACGUAUCCAACGUGCAUACGCCAAGCAGAGCUCGCAGCCCGCCUUGUCUGCGCGCAGGCUCAACAUACGUCCGAUCCGUGGCGCUUCCGCCAGUCACACGAUUUCACCGGGCUCUGGUACCGCAUCCGCGCGCGCCUCCGCCAGCGCAAGUUUGGGCAUCUUCCCCUCGGGCGGUCGAGGGCCAUCCUGGAUGAGGUCCUGAAGCAGUCUGACGUUCUGGAUCCGCACGGCACCCCCGUGCGCGGGCAAUAUUUCUCGCAUUUCUGCAUGCCGUGUUACGUGCAGCUCGUGGGGCGGCUGGAAGAGGAGCUGUCCUCUUUGCUGACGGAAGCUUCGGCGAUGACCAUUUGA